CAGCAGCAGUUAAGGGGUCGCCAGCGGUUAAAGGGUGCAGGGGUCAGCCUUGAUAUGUCAAGAUGUCUCUUUCCAAAAAGUUGACUUUAGACAAAUUGGAUGUUAGGGGGAAACGAGUCAUCAUGAGGGUAGACUUCAACGUCCCCAUGAAGAACCAGCAGAUUACAAACAACCAGAGAAUCAAGGCUGCCAUCCCAAGCAUCAAGUACUGCCUGGACCGCGGGGCCAAGUGUGUCGUUCUUAUGAGUCAUCUGGGCCGGCCCGAUGGUGUCCCCAUGCCUGACAAGUACUCCCUGGAGCCUGUUGCUGCUGAGCUCAAAGCCUUGCUGUGCAAGGAUGUUCUGUUCCUGAAGGAUUGUGUGGGUCCGGAAGUGGAGAAAGCCUGUGCCAGCCCUGCCAUCGGCUCGGUCAUCCUGCUGGAGAAUCUGCGCUUCCAUGUGGAGGAGGAAGGGAAGGGCCAAGAUCCUUCUGGAAAGAAACUCAAAGCCGAGCCAGAUAAAGUCGAAGCCUUCCGAGCGUCCCUGUCCAAGCUGGGGGAUGUCUACGUCAACGAUGCUUUCGGCACUGCGCACCGGGCUCACAGCUCCAUGGUGGGCGUGAAUCUGCCGCAGAAGGCAGCGGGAUUCUUGAUGAAAAAGGAACUGGAAUACUUUGCCAAAGCCUUGGAAAACCCAGAGAGACCCUUUCUGGCUAUACUGGGUGGGGCCAAAGUGGCAGAUAAGAUCCAACUCAUCAAAAAUAUGCUGGACAAAGUCAAUCACAUGAUUAUUGGUGGUGGGAUGGCUUAUACCUUCCUUAAGGUACUCAACAACAUGGAGAUUGGUGCCUCCCUGUUUGAUGAGGAGGGGGCCAAGAUUGUCAGAGAGAUCAUGGACAAAGCAAAUAAGAAUGGUGUCAAGAUCACCUUUCCUGUUGACUUUGUCACUGCUGACAAGUUUGAGGAGAAGGCUACAGUUGGACAAGCCACUGUAGAAUCUGGAAUACCUCCUGGCUGGAUGGGUUUGGACUGUGGUUCAGAAAGCAAUAAAAAGUUUGCUCAAGUCGUAGCUCAGGCAAAGCUGAUCGUUUGGAAUGGCCCCGUGGGAGUGUUUGAGUGGGAUGCCUUUGCUAAGGGAACAAAAGCCCUCAUGGAUGAGGUCGUGAAGGCCACUUCCAAAGGCUGUGUCACCAUCAUAGGGGGUGGAGACACUGCUACUUGCUGUGCCAAGUGGAACACUGAAGACAAAGUCAGCCAUGUGAGCACUGGUGGGGGUGCCAGCCUCGAGCUGCUGGAAGGCAAAGUGCUUCCUGGUGUGGAGGCCCUCAGCAACUUGGAGUCAGAUGAGUGUUGUUCUUUCCUGCUCUUCAUGUCCAGUGUUCAAGUCAAGUCAGUACGUUCAUAACUCAAUUUGAUUUUGGUGAAAAUCUUUUCUUAUUAAGACCCACACAAGGAUAAAGUCACCAGAACCUCAGGAACUCUUAAUAUCAAUACAACAACUCAGUGAUUUCAGCGCUGUCUCACUUUGGCCUGCUGCCCUCAAGAUAUUUGGACUUCACCGCUGUGCUUUGUAGGGAGAAUAUCUUAAA